AUGGAGUACAUACGAAGAUCUGGUGGCAGCAGCAACCGGAGAAUCAAAUGGGAAACAUUGUAUUCGGUGGACAAGAGAGCGAAACUUGCAAACAACAUCGCACGGCGGUUUGAACAGAUCUUGGUGAUGACCACCGAUGUGGAAACCGAGUGGAAGGUCUCUAAGAGCAGAGAUCAGAAACGAACUUCCUCGUGGACACUAGAGGUUCAGCUGAUUGUCACCGAGAAGAAGGCGUCAUUCAAGGGACAGACUGGAACGAUUCGGCGCAAGGCGUUUCGGCGCCGAUCCAUAAUCAUCAGUGUGCAAUGCGUUUGA